AUGGCCCCCGAAACACGUUCUCGUGGCGUCCCCCCUCCCAGCCGAGUAUACAACUCCUCACCCGCCUUGCAACAAGUACAAUUCCCUGCGCGACGAAAGAAGAUUCGGAGAUGUGAAAGCUCUGAGCGUCCGAGUCUGAAGCAACAGACCUUGACUCAGAUCGAUUUUGUCUCAAGCUUCGGCGAGGACGUUAUAACCCUCAGCGAUAGCGAUGAUGAUGUCCAAGAUGGAGACCUUGGUUCAGAGGACAAGGAGAAUGUGAAGCCUGGUUUACCAGACGGACAGGAUCAAAAUGCGCAAGAAGAAGGAGAGAAAGUGGAAGAGGAGGAGGAAGAUGUUGAAGAACCUGUUUCAAUGAGACGAAAGAGAGCAGCCCCAUCGAUAAGGCAGGGAAAAAAAAGACGACGAACUAUGGGCGAUGAAGCAAACAAAGCGAUUACAUCCAGGAAGGAGGACAAAUCACGGCGGAAGACGUUGGCCGACAUGCCAACAUGUUCGAAUUAUCAUACGCAAACACUCACGCAGUUCUUGGGUCACCAGACAUCCUUCGUAGCCGACUCGGAUGACGACCUAGAUCUUGACAAGGAUGGAGACGAUGGAUUUCUUUCGUGGCUAGGCGAACCCGGUAGUCCGAGCGCUGGGCGAGGCAAACGGCACGUUUCACCGCCAGCUAUGAAGCGGCGUCAUGAAGAAACGGCUGCAUUUACUGCCUCGGCAGCGGAUCUAAGCAUGUCUCGGGAGGAUUCCGUUAUUCCCCAGACCCCUGCGAAGAAGAAGACUUGCAUUCGGUUUGAUCUUCCCUCGGAGGGGCUGCAGUCUCCCAGUGAGAGGAUGGUUGAGCGCUACGGAGCGCCAGAUCAGCAGGACUCGCCGUUGAAGAAUCAUUCUUCGCCCAUGAAACCGCCUCCAGUGAAACUGACCGGGGAGCCACGACGUGCCUCACCGGGUGUUACGAAACAGUCUUCGCUGGUCAUUCAAGACUCAUAUACAACAGAUGGUUGCACCACGCCCAGCAAGAACCAAGCGAAAAUAUCACAAAUUAGAACACCAACCCCUCUGCGUCUUUUGCUUGAUACACCGUCUAUAUUGAACCCUGUUGGGGACGACGACACGCCGACGAAGAGGAGACGUCCGUGGAGAGAAUCCCCUUCACCAAAGAAGCUAGCUGCGGGGAGAGGGCUAUACGAGAUCCCCGAUUCCGACGAGGAUGAUGACGAAUUCGGCGAAGAAGAAGAUGAAGAUGACGGCAAAAGCAUAGACAAGAGAUAUGGUGCCGGCGUUGAGACACAGCUGGUCUUGAGUGAGCUUGCGUCCACAGAAGAGAACCAGCACAGUUGCCAGGAUGCAGUGCCCUGUUCGCCACCGACAUCAACGAUGCAUACGCAGGCCGAACCUGUAUCAGCAACAGUCCAAUACGAGCAGCAAUCUACAGCAAAUCAGCCAGUCCAUGCAUUCUCAACAUCGUCGAGGCCAACAACUCCGCCGCGACCCAAACCCAUCCGCAAACCCCUCGCCCAUCUCUCUGGCCACACUCAAAUCCAAAGCCAACCAUGGGAAUCUCAACGUGUCCACGUCUCCAUUCUUCAAUCCCUCCCCGCUCCAUCCGCAAAAUCAGACAUACUCCUCCCCGUCUCAACCUCCUCCCUCGAAGGCCUCAUAACCGGAAACACGCUGCACGUCGCCUCGUCCUUCAAAAUCCCCUCUCAGGUCGUCCGCUUCUGGCUCUUCGAGAACAGCCUCCUCCGAUACAUGGCCUCUGUCGAGCCAGGUCAGCAAGUCCAAGCUGCCGGCUCCUCCUCCUCCUCCUCAUCAUCUUCCCAGGGGAAGUGGCGAUUCCACGCCACCCAAGUAUACGAGCUAAACAAUCCCGUUUGUGAAGACGACAUGCGCCAAGAAGGAUGGCUGCGUGGCCAAAUCACCCGAUACAAAUAUCUGCCGCCCGCUGUUAUCGGUCAACUGCUCUGGAACUUGAGACACGCCCUAUUUGCCGACCAGCCCUCCGAGCAGCAACAAGUCGCCAGUUCCCCCGUCCGUUCCAGCCCUCAGCCCAAACUGCCUCAAGGAGACGGCAAAGACCGCGCACGAAACCGGGCCCCAGGUUCCACACCACCAGGCAGCAUGACAGUGUCGCAACAGAUCACGGCCCAAAUCCACAGCGACAUCGCAUCGUCCACUCAGUUCCCAACGUCAGACGACAUGGUGCCGUCAACGCCAGACUCGAAUGAGCCCCUUAAACUCCGCUCCUCGUCAAGAACAACCACUCUCCCUGCCCCCCCGGCACCCAGGCAGCCCUCAAGAACCGUCCGGCCUUCCCAAGCCACCACCCUCUCGCAACCACCCACCCCCGAGGGACAGACUCAACAACAGCCGGCAAGCAUGCCCCCGCCUCCGCCAUUCGAUCCCUCCCAGAGCAGUGUGCAGUUCGCUGAAAGUAGUCACCUCAGCAGUUUACCCAUCCCGUCUUCUCCGGGGUCCACUUCACAGCUCUUGACGAAGAGUCAGAUGCUGCCGGAUAGUUUGAUACAGGACCAUACUCCACCCGUACAGCCCGAGAUAUGGGACUCCGAUGAAGAGGAUGUUUCUUUGUAG